AUGAAAAAUAAUAUUUCAUUCGCAUUUAAAACAGAUACUCAUAAUUAUUUAGUAAGUCAAACAACAGUUUAUUCUAACUUAUUUAAAUAUAAAGAAAGUCAUGAUGAAGUUAUGAACUUUAAUGGAUCACUUUUAUCAAUUACAGGUGAUAUUUCUGAAAAUAGUGAACUUAAGAAUUUAACUAACUAUCUAAAGUAUGUUGAAUUAAGUUUAGAAAUAGAUGUUAACUGCAAUCAUAUUGCUAAGUUCUUAUCUGAUACAAUCUAUCAAAGUUUAAAAACUCGUAAUCCUUUUAGCUCUCAAGUCAUCGUUAUAGACAAGGAUGAUGUUGUAUUAGUGGAUCAGUAUGGAUACUUGUUUAAGGAUAACAUAGUUUUUACUGGGUUUGGAGGAUACUUUUUAUAUGGUAUCUAUGAUUCAUAUAAAAACACACUUGAGAAUAACUGUGAUGAAGUUGCUAUUAACGAUUUUAUUUCUAAGUGUUUAGCAACUUUAAAAGAGAAAUUUAUUAUGGAAGCCAAUAAUUGGAGAAUUGAUAAAAUUGAUAGAAAUGGAACAAUUAAUACCGGAUUUAUAACUAUUUGA